AUGGAUAAGUACUCUAUGAUUCCCUGCAAGGGCUGCACCCUCUGGCAGGGGCUCCUGCUCACAGCCUCACUUUUAACAUGCUGGUAUCCACCCGCCAUUGCCCAAGUCACCAUUGAAUCAGUGCCACACAGAGUGGUCGAAGGAGAAGACGUUCUUUUCCUUGUCCAUGACCUGCCAUCCUAUAUUUUAACCUUAGCCUGGUUCAAAGGCGAGGCAAUAAUAGACAAUGGAAUUGCAUUUUAUGCACUGGGCAACGAAGUCCGUGCACUCGGGAAUCUAUACAGUGGCAGAGAGACAAUGUACCGCAAUGGAUCCCUGUGGAUUCGCAAUGUCACCCAGGCUGACACAGGAGUCUAUACCCUAGGAAUCUUAAGUGGCCCAAGAGAAAUUCUAUCAAAAACAUCCAUGUACCUUCAUGUGUACUCCUCCCAUUGUGAGUGCCCAUCCGCCUGUGCCCAGCCAAUGAUUGAAUCAGUACCACCCAGCGUUGCAGAAGGAGAAAGCGUUCUUCUAGUGGUUCACAAUCUCCCGGAGAAUCUUGAAGCCUUUUUCUGGUACAAAGGAGCGAUUGUGUCCAGGAACAAGGAGGUUGCCGGGCACCGAAUAAGCAUAAAUACAACUGUGUUUGGCUCUGGUCACAGUGGUAGAGAGAUAGUGUACAGCAAUGGAUCCCUGUUGCUCCAGAAUGUCACCUGGAAUGACACUGGAUUCUACACGCUACGAACUCUGACCACAGAUCUGAAAACUGAAGUAUUACGUGUGCAACUCCAGUUGGAUACCUCCCGUUGUGUGAACCAUCCCGCCUCUGCCCACACCACAAUUGAAUCAGUUCCACCCAGCGUUGCUGAAGGGGGAAAUGCUCUGUUAGUGGUUCACAAUCUCCCAAAGGAUACUCGAGCCAUUUUCUGGCACAAAGGUGCGGUUGCAUUCAAGAAUCAGGAGGUUGCCCGACGCAAAAUUGCCGCAAAAUCAAGUGUGCUGGGCCCUGCACACAGUGGCAGAGAGACAAUGUACAGUAAUGGAUCCCUGCUGCUCCAGAAUGUCACCAGGAAUGACGCUGGAUUCUACACCCUCCAAACUGUGACCACUGAUCUGAAAGUUGGAUUAGUCCAUGUGAAACUCCUGGUGGACACCUCCCGUUCUGUGUGCUGCAACUCUCUCACUUCUGUCCAACUCAUGAUAGAGCCAGUGCCACAGAAUGCUGUUAAAGGGGACAGAGUUCUUUUCCUUGUUCACAAUCUGCCAGAAAAUCUGCGAGCCAUUGCCUGGUACAAAUCAACGUAUAGCAACGAGAGUUCUGAAGUUGCAGUAUUGAACAUUCCCAAAAAUGACAUCACCAAGGGGCCUGCCUACAGGGGAAGAGCAGUGGUGUACACCAAUGGAUCCCUUCUGCUCCAGGAUGUCAUGGAGAGUGAUGCAGGCGUCUACACACUGCUAACAUUAACCAGAGAUUUCAAAAUGGAAAAAGCACAAGUACAACUCCAUGUGUACCAGCCUGUGACACAGCCACUUAUCCAAAUCAACAGCACCACAGUUACAGAACAGAGCUCUGUGUUCCUUUCCUGCCUCACAAGUGAUACUGAAGUCUCCAUCCGUUGGAUCUUCAAUAACAGACCUCUGAAUCUCACAAAAAGGAUGACCCUGUCCCGGACAAAGUGCCAACUCAGAAUAGAUCGUGUCAGGAGGAGGAAUUCUGGAAAGUAUCAGUGUGAGGUGUUCAACCCAGUCAGUUCAAAGACCAGUCUCCCAGUCAGUCUGGUCGUGACGUAUGCGUGA